CCAUUUUUUUCUCUAUAACCGGACAAGGAAUGUUAACCGCGUGAGCGGUGAUAGUAAUAAUCAAAAUGUCUUAAGAUAUUUUUUAACGUAAUGUAUAACAAAUUUUAAACGAUAUAUUUUAAAUCAAAUUAAUUUAAAAUAUAUUCUAACUUUCACCAAUGUAAUUAUGGGAAUACAAAUACUCCAAGACUUUAUUGAUGCUUCUAAUCUGUUUACAAAACAAUUUAAUAAAUUAUUAGACGAAAAUUUAUUUGGUGACUGUUCUAACUUACUUGUUGUUCAUGCUGACAGUUGUUGGAGAUAUUUUUAUCAAGAACAUGUUGACUGGGUAUGUGGAGGACAAUGGAGUGAGUUGUUUCAAAACGUUGAUAAAUUUGUUCGUGCAUUUCGCCAAGCUGAUAUAGAACUUGUUGUAUUUUUUGACGGUACAUUAAAUGAAAAUUCCUUGCAUCAAUGGUCUACCAAGCAUCGUUUUAUCAGGGAAACUGUAAAAGAAAUUUUAUCACACGUAAUACACAAUCAAAACUAUUCCUUCAAAACAAUAACAAAGAAAUUUGUUGCUCCCGGUUCUUUUAAAACUGCUCUUAGAUUAGCUUUUAGAUCUUGUGAGGUAGUAGUUUGUUCUGCUGUACACGAUGUUUACAAAGAAUGCAUACUCUAUUCUAAAGAUACUAACUCUCUUGGUGUAUUAGCUAAUGAUGGAAAUUUUUUUGUUUACAAAGCACCAAAAUAUCUUUCUUUAGGAAAUACAAAAUGGUUGAAAAAAUCACUAAAUGGAUGCAAAUUUUAUGAUACAAAUAAAAUUUUAGAAUAUUUUAAUUUAAAAGAUGAACAUUUAGCUUAUUUAGCAGCACUGCUUGGUAAUUUUUUAAUAUCAGAAAGUAGUCUUGCAUCAUUUUAUUGGGAUUUAAUUGAAGAAGAUAACCCAUUAAAAAAAAUCCAGGCCAAUGUUAUUGGAGAGUCACUUUUACCACCUGGAGAAACAAGGUUAAAAAAUAUUGUUAAGUUUUUGCAUGCAAACAAUGAAAAUCUCAAAGAUAUUGAUGUCAUAGGAAGAUUAGUUUUUGCAAAAUCAAGUAUAUCUGUAGAAGAAGGUUCAACUAAACUAAAGAAAAUUAUAGCAUUUUAUCAGGAUUGUUUAUCAGCAUCACUUUCAAGUUGUGUACCUCAUGUUACAAUUGGAAAUGAUUUGUUUACUAAAGCUGGUUUUCCUCUUCCUAUCGAAGGCACUAAUUGUUCAAGCAGGUUUAAAAAACUUUGGAAGGUACCUGAUAAACAAAAGUCAGAACCAGAGAAUCAUGUAACAACCAACAACAAUGAGAAUUCAUUAAACGACACUGAACACGUACUAAAGCAGGGUACUCUUGAAGAAGCAGCUCAAGCUUUGGAAUUGUUGGAGUUAAAUGAAACUAAGGUUAAUGUUGAAUCUGAAGAAAGUUCAAACAAACAACCAGUUGUAACAAACAAAUUCAAAGAUGCUACAGAAAUGUUUCAACCUUCUGAAAACAAAGUUAAAAGCACUAUUCUCCAUUAUCCCAGAGAUAUCACUGUUACUCGUUUGCAUGAAUCAAUAAAUAUAGAUGUGUUGAAUGUUGCAUUGACACGUCAUCAAAAUGGACAGAUGUGUCCAGAGAUUCUGCAGCUUCUCACAAAAGGCGAAAUAAUAUUAGAUAUGGGUGUCGAUGAUGAGCUUUCAACUUCGCGUUUGGCAAUACCUUUACUUUAUCGACCCUUACGACAGCUUGUUUAUGGUAUUUUAUUUGGUGUAAAACAGAUUGAAGACCAUGAAAAGCCUUUGGAAAAUAAAACUGAAAACAGUGAUAAAGAGGCACGUCUAAGCAGUUUUACUGUUAAAGAGUGGUCUGUAUAUGGAGAUAAGCCUUUAGAUAAACCAGAUGAAGUUGAAGCAAAAGGCAUGAAUUGGAAAAUACCACCACUAAGAAAACUUUGGUUAGGUACAGAUGUUGAAGACAACUCUAAUCGUUUAAAAGCUUUCUUAUCUUGUAUGCGAAGUGAUACUGUUAAUAUGUCUAAUACAAGCAUGGUUCCUCAGAGAUUAAUAAUUUUAUGCUGUGUGUUAAGAUAUUUGGUUCAACAAGAAAAAGUAGUUCUUACAAAGCAUGAUAUUGAUGCAUUUUUAGCUCAAGCUCUUUCAAGUCAUUUAACAAUAGAUCAUAAUGUCCAACAUCUAGCUACCAUUAGGCUCAAUGUGAUUGAUGCCAGGUGUAUUCAACUUGCUGCAAUUUUUAUGAAAGGUGUUGAAGAUGCAAUCUUAGCUAAUGAUGCUUGUGGAUCACCCUUACCUUGGGAAUUAUGCUGUCCUUGGAACUUCUUUGAUGGAAAAUUAUUCCACAGUAAAUGGCUGCAAGCCACAACCAAUGCAAACGUUCUUGAACUCUGCGACGGUAAGCCACAUUUAGUAGAAAAGCUUGAUCGCCUUCGGUGGUGCGUCACUGAGGGUUUACAUUCGAAGUAUUUAAUUGCCGGCUUUAGGAAUGAUUCACCUUUUUUAAAUUUGUAUCCCUUGUCUGUUGGACCUGUUUAUGAUAUCAGUCAAUCUCAAAGUUACAUGCAAAGAAUUCGCUCAAGGGGUCCUGGAAGCAAACGACCUGUAAAUGGAAGCGGUGCAACAUUACAUGUUGCUGGAUUUCCUGUUGCUCAUUGGGACGGUAAUAAAUCAGGAAUUGGUUACUCUAAGCACGGCCCAAAAGUUCUAGUUGGAGGACCAAACUGCGUUGAUUUGCCAAGCAGUCACCGACAAAGAACAAGUCCACGACGCUCUAUGCGAGCACACCUAGGUCGUGGUCUUUUGGAAACUCCAUUUAUUACACCGUGGCAUAGCAAUUAUGGCUUUGAAGAUUACAAUAAUUCAGCGUUUCAUUUAAUGAAAGGUGUAAAUAAAUCAACUCCAGAUCGUUCGAAAAUUAGUAAAGUAAAUCAAAAACGUGUUUAUAGUUCACGGACACGUCAUCAAAAUAGAGGGAUAAAUAAUGAAAACAAAAGUGUCGCUUGGCUUGAUAACGAAGAUCUAAGCAAUGACAAAAUUGUAUCUCCAAUUAAGGUUGCCUCAAAAUACGAUGUAAGUUUUGGAAGAGGACAGUGGAUAAACAGCGCAAUAUAAUGAUAUAUUAGUUUUAAUUUUUAGAACUGCUAUAUUAGAUUUUUGAGAACAAAUAUGUCUCACUA